CGAGUUUCUCGGGAGCGCGCGCCGCUUCAGCGAAGGCAGCAGCUGAGCGCGGCACCGAAGGACUCGCACUAAACACGAAAACCUGACAAGAACCGCGGGAUUAUUGCGCGAAUCUGACAUCACGCGUGGGCCUUUUCCCUGUCGAUUGUUCCAGAGAGAAUGCGACAACGGAGGACGCGCGCGCGCGCACGCACACACAACGAGUUGUGGACUGUGCGGCGUCGAUGACGUCACAGCCGCCGGUGCGUUCUGAGAAUAGACUUCUAGGAAAUGAGCCUUUUUAAAAGAAGCCUUUCCUCUUUCAUUCGCACAUUCGAGACACACUCCAACCGCACACUUUUCUCUCCUUUUUUUUGUGCGGACACAUUUCUCCUUCAACUCAAGAACGCGGACAUAUUUUCAUUGUUGUCUUUUUGUUGGCCGUAAUUUAUUUUCUUCCAUCCAUCCAUCCAUUUUUUUUUUUACCGCUUGUCCCUUUAUGUUCACAAUUACGUCGAAGUUUGACUUUUUCCACAGGACUUAUUUUUUUUGACAAAGUCUUCUUUUUUUAUAUAUACAAAGAAGUAAACCGACUGGAUGAAACUCAGUGGAUAGAAUAAAUAGUAAAGUAUAUACAAUAGUAUACACUGUAAUAGUAUGAUUCUCUGUGUACCAGGUCCCCGAGCUCUUUUGCCCGCGGCUCCAUCUACUGAGGCGCCCCAGAGGGGCAUGCGGGCGGGCACAGGCGCAGCGAUGCCUUGUCUUCAGAGCAGCUCGCCGCUGUGGGACCCCACCAAAGACUUGCGUGCGAUUGCGAGCAACUUUUGCUAUCUGGAAACGUCAGGAUGGUACUGGGGGGGUAUAAGUGCAGCUCAGGCCCACGAUGCACUUCAAGGGGCCUCGGAGGGGGCUUUUUUGGUACGGGACAGCAGCCACCCUCUAUACAUGCUUACACUGUCGGUCAAGACAGCGCGGGGUCCCACCAGCAUACGCAUCCAGUACAGCUGCACUCAGUUCUUGCUGGACUGCAGCUCCCCGGCCAGACCGAGCCUGUCGUCCUUCCCCAACGUGCCCAGCCUGGUGCAGCACUACAUGGGCUCAGAAAGGAGACCGGAAGACGGGCGGGCGGCGGAGCAGCAGGCUCUCUCUAAGGUGAGCGUCCAAGAUGAGGCGUCGUCGUCGUCGUCAUCGUCGUCGGUAGUGCUGAAAUUAAAGCAGGCCGUGUACAAGCCCCAGAGCCUGCCGUCCCUGCAGCACCUCACUCGCCUGGUCAUCAACAGGCACUCAGACCACUGCGCCCAGCUACCACUCCCUCGGCCCCUCCUGCGCUUCUUACAGGAAUAUCCCUUCAAGGUGUGACAAACGGGUUAUUUUCCUAAACCUGGGAAUGACAAUGCUGCUCUGGAACUUGGCGGAGGAGGACGUCAAAAAAGGUUGGACACAGGGUUAUUAUUUUUAUGUAACACUUCACUUUAUAUCCUCCUCUGUGAGUGAGUGUGUCACAUUUGGACUGGAUUGCAUUAGUUGUACAUACAGUGGUUCUAUUUACACACCGUUGCCAUUUUAUUUUUCUCAGUAAAUGAUUUUUCUACCUUUUA